CCUCGUUCCAGUCCUGUUAAUUAACAAUGAGUGAUAAUGAUUGGUAUAGGAAGGAAGCAUGCCUACUUUGAUACUUCUCACCUCUGACAUACGUCACUGGAAAAUCUUGUUCUUGUGCUUUGCAUGGGUGCAUUUUUUUGACUGAGUCUGGCUGUAUUUCAGUGCAGGAGCUCCACAAACACCAUGGCUCUGAACAUCGCUGGUGUGGUUGCAGUCGUUGUGUUUUACAUCUUAGUCCUGGUCACAGGGAUUUUAAGUGCCUGGAAGACCAAGAAGGCUGAGAGGACCAGCAGAGGAAACAGGACUGAAGUGGUCCUGCUUGGAGACAGAAAUAUUAACUUCCUGGUUGGGAUUUUCACCAUGACAGCGACAUGGGUGGGAGGUGGCUUUAUCCUGGGUGUGACUGAGGCAGUUUACACUCCUAAGAUGGGCUUGAUCUGGGCUCUAAUGCCUGUACACACUUCUGUGUCCUUCAUACUGGGUGGUCUUUUCUUUGCCAAGCCAAUGAGGGACAUGAAGUACUUCACCAUAAUGGACCCAUUCCAGAUCAAAUAUGGCAACGUACUGAGUGCUUCUCUGGUGCUGCCUGCUCUGCUCAUGGAUGUCAUGUGGUUGGCAAGCACUCUGCUUGGCUUAGGAUUAACCAUGACUGUGAUCCUGGACUUGCACUUUGCUUAUUCUGUGUGCAUCUCAUCAGCUGUGGCCAUUAUCUACACUUUGUUAGGAGGCCUUUACUCAGUGGCCUACACUGACAUCAUCCAGCUCUGUCUCAUCGCCGUCAGUUUGUGGCUGUGCGUCCCCUUCCUUCUGCUCAACGAUACGUCUUUAAACAUCGCUGAGACGGCUUUUAACAACACGCUUCAGGAACCCUGGCUUGGCUCUCUGGAGAAAGACAUGGUCUGGAAGUGGAUUGAUGACUUCUUAUUGCUGACUCUUGGCAAUCUUUCAUUUCAGUGCUUCCACCAGAGGACGCUGUCUGCCUCCUCAUCACGGACAGCCCAGUUAACCUGCUAUGCUGCUGCCAUUAUAGUUUUAAUACUGGGAAUCCCUCCAGUCUUGAUCGGAGCUGUCGCUGCCUCCACAGACUGGAACCUGACGAUGUACGGCUCUCCGUCUCCUUAUGAACGUGGCGAGCAUGCGAUGAUCCUUCCUCUGACUCUGCAGUACCUCACUCCGUCUUUCAUCUCAAUCAUUGGAAUCGGAGCCAUCACUGCAGCCGUCAUGUCCUCCACGGACUCAGAACUGUUAUCUACAACUUCUGUCUUCUCGUUAAACAUCUACAAGAACAUUCUGCGCAAACAGGCCUCAGAUCGUGAAAUGCAGUGGGUGAUUCGGAUCUCAAUCGUGGUUGUGGGCGUCGCUGGAACAUCCAUAACGUUCUUCACUAAAAGCGUCCUCCUCCUCUGGAUUCUUGGAGCAGACAUUGCCUACACGCUUAUAUUCCCCCAGCUGGUUUCUGUGCUCUUCUUCAAAGUGACAAACGCGUACGGUGGUGCGGUGGGUUACAUCAUAGGGCUGAUUGUGAGGAUUCUGUUAGGAGAGAACACUGUAGGUCUUCCUGUUGUUCUUUGCCUUCCCGGUUGCAAACUGGAGGACGGCGUCUACGUCCAAACAUUUGCGGUCAGAACAUUCUCCAUGCUGUGUACUCUGAUAAACAUCUUAGCUUUUUCUGCACUGGCUUUGGUUCUGUUCAACAAGGGCCUGCUGCCUGAGAGAUGGGACAUUUUCAAAGUAAAGCAUAAGAAUGCUGUACCACCAGGGGGUGCUGUUACCCAGAACCUUAAAGAUGAAGCUGGAAGUGAUGCAGAAUGUGAUGAAAACAGAGAUGGACUUCCCUUAGAGCCCAUGUUGUAGGCUGGAAAUGUUGUCUUUCCCUUUCAUAAACUGCUGUCAUAUUUCUUUUAAAGCAUCUAACUGCUGAUAGUUGUUAUGAAAACCCACCUGAAUCAAAUAAAGUGUCCACUCUUUUUCCAGUUUCCCUCUAGAGAUGAAUAAAGUUCUGUUUCUGACUCUAAGAGCCGCACAAAUAUUCAUCAUAUUUGGUACUUGUAAGGAGGAAUGUUUGUAAAAGCUCUACAAGAUAAAUUACAAUAAGACUAUUGCAAUUUUUAAGGAUUUAUUUGCAGACAAAUGAAAUCUGGUCAAAACCACCACACAAAAGACACAAUGACCUUAAUUAAAUAAAGUAAGAGAGUGAAGGUUUAGAUGGACUGACCACGAAAGACCUUUAAGAAUGCAAAGCAAAAACUUCACAUUCCUUUUUUACACGACAAAAUUCUCGUUGCUCAAUAUUUUGUUGAAUCAAAGUGAUGUUUAAUUACACCUUUAACAUGUCUUAGCAUGCUCUACAUCAGA